AUGGGAUUCCCCAGGGAGGGCAUCAAGACGUUGAAGACGAACACCGUUGUAGCACAGCUGGAAGUGAUAUCGCUCUCGUCGAAGGUGACAUGUGUGGACGGACGAUUUGUCUUCCACUAUCGUCUUAUCUCAAAACUGUUGUUUUUUCGAGAAGCAUCAGUGUUUCAUCGACGAUGUCCGAAGGAUGAUGGGACAACGACCAUUUCUCGCUUAGAUGGCUGUUUAAUGAUUAAAUGA